AUGGCGUCCAAAAUUGCGCUCACAGUUGAGCCCCGUGGUAAACCUAUCCGCGGGCUCCCCAAGGAAAUUAUGAUUGACCUUGAUAAUUCUGGCGAGGAGCUACACAGCAUCGUUGCUAAGAGCUCCGGCUGCUCCGUGCACCGCCUUCGUAUCACCAAGGGCAGUGACCGUAGUGCUGUCCCCAAUUCCAAGGACAUCACCAUUGAUGAGACUGGUCUGCGUAACUCGAGUGUGAUCCACGUUAAAGACCUGGGUCCCCAAAUCGCAUGGCGUACCGUUUUCAUCAUCGAAUACCUGGGUCCUCUCCUGAUCCCCGCGCUCUUCCUCUUCCCCCUCCGACCAUUCCUCUACUUCAACUAUGACAAGCCCCUCCCGGACCCAUCGGAUACUCAACUGCUCGUCUGUGCCCUUCUCACUCUCCACUUCCUCAAGCGCGAGUAUGAGACUAUCUUUGUGCACCGUUUCAGCAACGCCACCAUGCCUGCCCGCAACAUUUUCAAGAACAGCGCCCACUACUGGGCUCUCGCUGGCUUCAACAUCGCAUACUGGGUCUUCCGCCCCAAUGCAGGCGCCGCAUCCGCAACUCCCAAUACCGCACUCGUGUACGGAGGUGUUGCACUGUUCGUGUUCAGUCAGCUUGCUAACCUGAACGCUCACUUUAUCCUCCGUGACCUCCGUCGUCCUGGUACCACCGAGCGUGGCAUCCCCUCCGGCUUCGGCUUCAACAUUGUUACCUGCCCAAACUACAUGUUCGAGAUCCUCGCGUGGCUAGGUGUUUUCCUGGUCAGUCAGUUGAACCUGAGUGUGCUGUUGUUCGCUCUUGUUGGUGGUGUGCAGAUGUGGAGCUGGGCGUGGAAGAAGGAGAAGCGUUACCGAAAGGAUUUCGGCGAAAAGUACAAGAAGAAGAAGACUGUGCUUCUGGCUUACAUCUGCUAA